AUGGUCAAGGUCAAUCAUAAGCAGGCCGCCCUGGACUUUUUAUCCUUUGUCAAUGCAUCUCCCACUCCCUACCAUGCCGUCAAGUCUGGAAAAGACCUCCUAGCUUCUGCUGGCUUCAAGGAAAUCAAGGAGAGAGACUCGUGGAGCUCGACUCUACACCCUGGCGGAAAAUACUACCUCACCCGCAAUGGAUCUACCCUUGUGGCAUUUGCCAUUGGCAAGAAAUGGAAGCCUGGCAAUUCUAUCGCCAUGGUUGGAGCACAUACCGACUCGCCCGUCUUGAGAAUCAAGCCAGUCAGCAAGAAGGGAGACGAAGGAUAUGUGCAGGUUGGCGUUGAAACGUAUGGCGGAGGUAUAUGGCAUACAUGGUUUGACCGUGAUUUGGGCGUUGCUGGCCGUGUUAUGGUCCGUGGAAAAGAUGGAAAUAUUGUGUCCAAACUGGUCAAGGUUGACCGUCCCAUUCUUCGCAUCCCCACCUUGGCCAUUCACUUGGACCGCAAGGAAUCAUUUGACUUCAACAAUGAGACACAGCUGUUCCCAAUUGCCGGUCUCGUCGAGGCUGAGCUGAACAGGACGAAGGGACAAACCACUGACUCGUCCAACGAUGAACCUGCAAAGAAAGCACUGAAAGCUGCAACCGAACGCCACCACCCAUACCUCGUCGAAUUGAUUGCGUCUGAAGUUGAUUCCAAGCCAUCUGAAAUUCUUGACUUUGAGUUGAUUCUUUUCGACACUCAAAAGUCAUGUCUUGGAGGGCUGCUCGAAGAAUUCGUCUUUUCUCCCCGCUUGGACAACCUCAACAUGUCAUUCUGUGCGGUUCAAGGACUCAUCGAGUCCGUCCGUUCUGCAACAGCACUCGAUGAUGACAAUGCGAUCAGACUGAUUGCAUUGUUUGACCACGAAGAAAUCGGCAGUAAAUCAGCCCAGGGUGCCGACUCGAACACCUUACCCGCGAUUCUCCGCCGCCUAUCAGUCCUACCUGCAGAAGAUUUCGGCUCCGAAAAAUCCUACCAUAAAGUCGGCAAUGAGUUGGACAUAACCACUGCCUUCGAGCAGAGUCUUUCCACCUCAUUCCUGCUGUCCGCCGACAUGGCCCAUGCCGUUCACCCUAACUAUAGCGCCAAAUACGAAGCCGAUCACAAGCCUCAGAUCAACGAGGGACCUGUAAUCAAGAUCAACGCAAACCAACGCUACGCCACCAACUCCCCCGGCAUCGUUCUUCUGCAGGAAGUUGCCGAAAAGGCCACUGAAGAUGGAGGAGAUGUGGUUCCAUUACAGCUGUUUGUAGUCCGCAAUGAUUCCUCAUGCGGUAGCACCAUCGGACCAAUGCUAUCUGCGAACUUGGGGACAAGAACUCUUGACCUUGGAAACCCGCAACUGAGCAUGCAUAGCAUUCGCGAGACGGGAGGCACCCAGGACAUCGGACACGCCAUUCGGCUGUUCGCCAGCUUUUUUGAACAUUAUUCAACUUUGGCACCUAGCAUUUUGGUCGACUAA